AUGGGCUCCUCCGCCCCCGCAUUAUAUCUGGACCCACAAAUCCGGGACUGGGUCCUAUUCCCAAUCACCCUUGUCAUGAUUCUGGUGGGUAUCCUGCGACACUAUGUCGUGCAACUCCUACAAUCCCCGCCCAAACCUCUACCGCGACCCGCACUGCGUGAACAGCGUGCACUGCUUCGCUCUAAUAUCCUCCGCGCAACCGCUCCCUCGUCGCCGCUCCCCCUCCCCCACUACCGCGCCAUCUCCGCGCACUUGUACAAAGCCUUCUCAGACGGCCUCUACUUGAAGGACGGCCCUUCGGAUGGGACCGAGAAGCCCCCUGCGAACCCACUCGCAGACCCCAGUCAGAUGGAGGGCAUGAUGGCCGGAAUGAAGACUCAGAUGGUAAUGAUGGUCCCGCAAAUGGUUAUCAUGGGCUGGAUCAACUUCUUCUUUCAAGGCUUUGUACUCAUCAAGCUUCCCUUCCCUCUGACGGUCGGUUUCAAGUCACUACUUCAGCGUGGUAUCGAAACUCCCGACAUGGACGUUCGUUGGGUUUCCUCCCUCUCCUGGUACUUCCUCAACUUCCUCGGUCUCAACGGCUUAUAUCGUCUCAUCCUCGGCGGCGAGAACGCCGCGGCGGACCCACAAGCCACUGCGAGCCCCUUUGCUGCGCCGGCGGGUGCACCACCAGGCCAACCGCAGGACUUUGGGAAAUUAUUCAAGGCCGAACUGGAUAAUCUCGCGUUCGCCGACGGCUUGCAUAAGUGGGCUGGCGCGGACGUGGAGGAAAGGAUACUGAAAAAGUAUGGCAUGCUAUGA